AUGGAAGAUGAAAUGACCACGGCAAAACGCGGCGAGAAGAGGAUCAAGGGGCGAGUUGCGAUAGCAUGCACUGAGUGCCGCAACCAGCAUCUGCGGUGCGAUGCCAUCGUGCCGACCUGCUCCAGAUGCCGCAACUUACACAAAACAUGCGUCUAUAUGGAUUUACGGCGGAGCCGCCGGAGACACGCUGAAGUCGAAAAGCUGGUGUCCUCGGAGCAUCACAACAAUAACUCGAUGGCGGUAGAGACCAGAGACAUUCCGGUAGUAUAUCAACAGAGUCAUCUCUCUGAGGAACCUCUGUCACCUUCAGGGGAGUCGAGCCCUUUACCAACCUUUGUCGCGUCUAGCAAUGCUCUGCGGCCAACUGUGUUUGCGGACAAUGACCUUCUUUCCACCAGACCGGUUGACGGGUUUUAUAUGUUUUUCUUCCCGGGUCAUCCAUUCAUUUUACCGCGAGUGCAUUUGAUGCGUCACUUUGAGAAAACCCCAGAUUUCAGCUGUGGAUUGGUUCUCAUGAUCACCUUCAUUGGUUCGCUAUAUACUCACAAUUCGCUGUCAAACGAUUAUAGGCGGCAGGCUGAGCAGGCUCUGGAGAGUCAGCUUGCGCCUCAUGGAUUUAAUGUUCAAGCUUUGAUGCUUCUAGCCCUCACCCUGGAAUGGUCAGGUGAGAAUGAGAGCGCCGCGAUGUAUCUUGAACGAGCGAAGACGAUGGGCCUGGAGAUGGGCAUUCACCGGCGAGACUUUGCUUCUCGCUGUGGCCACGGGGACAAAGUUUUGGAAGAGAGCUGGCGACGUACCUGGUGGGAGCUCUAUGUGAUUGACGCACUUUUCGCCGGCAUUCGACACCUACCUACAUUCACAUGUUGGAGAGUAGAUACAGAUGUUGAAAUUCCCUGCGAAGAAAAGCUAUAUGUUACAGGGCCUCGGACGCUUCGCGAGUACGACAAUCGUGGGUUCGAUGACAGCGAUGAAAGCUUCUCCUCCUUUGCAUAUCUCAUCGAUGCCACCCGAAUCCUGGGGACAACGUUAGCUGCCGGUGACAUUGCUAACACGUCCGCCUAUUCUUUGGUCAAGAACGCUGAAGCAAAUUUGAUGAGCUGGGAUUUGCAUUUGCCACAGGCAAAGCGCGACCCUGUUCAAUCUGAUGGAACAUUGGAUGAAGUGCUAUUCAAGGCUCACAUGGCAAUAAAUACUACAUCUACUCAUCUCCAUCGACCAAGAUCAAUGCUACACUACACUACAAUGGAACUUCUAUGCUCAAAAUAUGCACCACCGCUUCCUGCCGAAGUUCUGAGUGCUGAAGAGCAGCAUCAAGAUAGGCAUACACACAAGGCGAUUAAUGCGGCAAAGAAUUUUGUCGAUUUACUUACCGCUUCUUCUUCACCGCUAACACACAGCCCCUUUGUCAUGUGUAUGGGAUCAUUAGCCGUAGCCACUUAUUUGUCUGGUUGUGAGCACAUCUUGACAGGCUCCGAAUUAGCACAUGCUAAAGAUCGAAUCCGGGUAUUCUUAGGCAUACUGAAGGCGUUCGCAAGAAUAUGGUCGCAGGCGCGACACUGGUCGGGAGAGAUCAAGCUAAUGGCGAGAGUGGUUCUUGACCAGCAGGACGGUGCUGGGCAGAUCGGGUUCCCAUCCAUACAGGCUAUGCCAAGUUUCGAGGAGAUAGUAUUCAACGAUGGGCCGGCAGAAGAGAUCAACGUAUCAGACGUGAGAAAAGAUUGGGGGAAUUUGAUGGAAAAUUUAUGA